ACCUGCGUACAGGAAGUCUAAACUUCAGACUCGCUCAGUUUGUCAUUUCAAUGUGACCUGAACAAUCCGCCAUAUCAUAAUAACAGCACUGCACGGAUACGUUUCUCCGAACCGGAGCGCACGCGCUUCGCGCUCUUUGCCCAUCAGUGAGGAAGCACGCGCCCCGAACCGUCCGCUGUAAAGACUCUGAGCUUCUCGCAGCAUCUAAAAGAUGGCUGAGGACAUUAAGGCCAAACUGGACCAAUACCGAACCGCUCCCUUUGAUGCCCGAUUCCCGAACCAGAACCAGACGAGGAACUGCUGGUCCAACUACCUGGACUAUCACCGCUGCCAGAAAGCUCUGAAUGCUAAAGGAGUAGACACCACCCCCUGUGAGUGGUACAGGAGAGUCUACAAAUCCCUGUGCCCCAUCGGCUGGAUUGAGAAAUGGGACGGGCAGAGAGACGACGGGUCGUUUCCAGGGAAGAUCUGAGGAUGUAACUCUGUUAGCUGAAUGUUUGUAAAAGCGGCGCCUGGUCGUCACUUUUCCACUACGACCACUGUGCUCAGCAGCAACCUGAAACUGAAUGGUCAUUCCUUACAAAAACCAUUAAAUGUACCGCAGAUUCUGCAUUAAAAUGUCUCAGGAUAUAUUUAUGGA